AUAUAUGUGUGUGUGUGUGUGUGUGUGUGUGUGUGUGUGUGUGUGUGUGUGUGUGUUAGGCGGUAUUCAUAUCGUUUACUAAUAACUAGCAGAUGAUGUGUCUUCCACAGUGUAGCAAGGGAGUGGCUUCCAGGAUCCCAGGGCCACACUACACACUACCAUGGCCACUAUACCCAUCAUGUCCACCAUGCCCAUCAUGUCCACCAUGCCCAUCAUGGCCACCAUGCCUAUAUUGCUACGUGUGAAGCCAAACGUAUCUGAAUUGGACGACCUGGGUCGUUCUAUGACCAAGAAGUUGGAGGAGGAACUGGCAUCGCAUCUUGGCUUCAACACGUCGACAAUUUACGACGAUGAAUGGUACACCUUCGCGCCGAACACGUUCCCCGGCAGCUCCGACAACGAGGCGACAACCCCACUGGGAAACGACUACCGCAACUCAGCGCUGGCGGUGGUGGAAAUCGCGGUGCUGGUGGUGAUUCUUGUGGUGGCUGUCAUUGGUAAUGUCUUCGUACUGAUCGCCCUCUGGCGUCAUUCCCUCCUGCGGCCCAUGUCUCGCUGUUACCUAUUCAUGUUGCACCUGAGUCUGGCAGACCUGUUGGUCGCUCUGCUCAACAUCCUGCCGCAGCUCAUCUGGGAGAUCACCUACCGCUUUCGUGGUUCCGACUUGCUGUGCCGCCUCGUCAAGUACGCCCAGGUGUUCGUACUUUAUGUUUCCACAUACAUGCUGGUCUUCAUGGCAGUAGAUCGAGCCCGUGCUGUGCAGGGCAGUGGUCGUGGGUCCCUGAGGGCGGCGAGGCUCAUGGUCUGCGGGGCAUGGGCUCUUGGUCUGCUGCUAGCCACGCCUCAGACUCUGCUCUUCGCCGUGCGGGAGAUCGAACCCGGGGUUCACGACUGCUGGGUGAUCUUUGAGCUGGUGAGUGAGCGCAUGUACGUGACGUGGUUCGUUGUGUCCGUUUUUCUAGUGCCGCUGGCCAUCAUCGCCCUCUGCUACGGCUACAUCUGCUGGGCAGUGUGGCACAGUGCCGGCACGCCCUGGCCCCCACCCUCCUUAAGGCGAGGCUGCUGCGGCUGCCUGAAGGAGAGUGCCACCGGUCGAAGGAGAACCAUGAGCCUCGAGUUACAGCCCAUUCCCAGAAGGUGCGACUCGCGGCCCCGUCCAGCCAUGUCCCUGGCCGUAGACAAGGUGUCGACGGCCAAGAUGAAGACGGUUCGCAUGACCCUGACCAUCGUCUUCGCCUUCGUCAUCUGCUGGGCUCCCUUCUGCAUCGCCCAGCUCCUCACCGUCUACAACAAGCCUGAAGACUUGUCGACGAUUAACCCGGUGACUGUGGUGUGCAUGUUGCUAGGGUCACUCAACAGCUGUACCAACCCUUGGAUAUACCUCCUCUUCAGUGGCACACUGCUUAACCAGCUGCGGGUGGUGCUCGGAUUGGCUCCCAGUCGUUCAAACGAGAACAUCUCCAUCGGUGAUCAAGAACACUGCCAUCCCCGUCGCUUCCACGAGGCCAGCAAACAACCCACAACCCGCUCCAACAUGCUCUAGGAGGCUUCCAGGGGCUCCAGCAUGCUCUAGGAGGCUACCAGGGGCUCCAACAUGCUCCAGAAGGCUACCAGGGGCUCCAGCAUGCUCUAGAAGGCUACCAGGGGCUCCAACAUGCUCUAGGAGGCUACCAGGGGCUCCAGCAUGCUCCAGCAUGCUCCAGGAGGCUACCAGGGGCUCCAGCAUGCUCUAGAAGGCUAGCAAGGGCUCCAACAUCCUCCAGGAGGCUACCAGGUUCUUCAACAUGCUCUAGGAGGCUACCAGGGGCUCCAACAUUAGGAGGCUACCAGGGGCUACAACAUUACGAGGCUACCAAGGGCUUCAAUAUGCUCUAGGAGGCUACCAGGGGCUCCAGCAUGCUCUAGGAGGCUACCAGGUUCUCCAACAUACUCUAGGAGGCUACCAGGGGCUCCAGCAUGCUCUAGGAGGCUACCAGGUUCUCCAACAUGCUCUAGGAGGCUACCAAGAGCUCCAACAUGCUCUAGGAGGCUACCAGGGGCUCCACUUGCUCUAUGACGAUACCAGGGGUUCCAAACUGCUCUAGAGGCUACCAGGGGCUCAAACAUACUUUACGAUGCUACCAGGGGCUCCAUGCGCUAGAACUCUACCAGGGACCUCUAUAUUCUCUAGGAACGCUACCAUGCUCAUCAGUAUGCUCCUCUGACGCUACGACAAACUCCACUGUGUCCUAGGGGACGCUACCAUGGGCACCAAUAUGCUACAAGGACGUUACCGUGGGCAUUUCAUUAUAUUUACAUGUAUAUUCCGGUCUAUAUACAUUCACUGAAAUUUAUAUAUUAAAACCCAUGUUUGCACGUGUAGAAAAAAACUGAACCUGAGCCUACGGGAUCGUUCCUUGUAUAAAAUGACUGUUUAAGGUUAAUGAUAUAAUUAGUGCAAGCAUCUAGGUGGUUUCUGACCUAUAAUGACCCGUGUAUAGGCCUAUCCUCCAGUUGAUAGGCUUUCAGAACUAUCAAAAAUGUGUUUUUUGUGAGUUUUUUCUUUUCAGAUUUAUUGAAAAAUCUUAAAAUGUGUAUAUUUCAUAGUGUUUGUAUAAAAAGUGACACUAAAGCAAUCCUUCGGUGUUUUGGUGUGUGUGUGUGUACUCACCUAGUUGAGGUUGCAGGGGUUGAGUCACAGCUCCUGGCCCUGCCUCUUCACAGGUCGCUACUGGGUCACUCUUCUUGUUCCAUGAACUUUAUCAUACCUCUUCUUGAAGCUAUGUAUGGAUCCUGCCUCCACUACAUCAUUUCUCAUCAACACAUCACUUGUGUGUGUGUGUGUGUGUGUGUGUGUGUGUGUGUGUGUGUGUGUGUGUGUGUGUGUGUGUGUGUGUGUGUGUGUGUCUUUCUUUGCUCCGUUUUCUUCUGAGGGAAAAAUAUUUAAUAUAUUUUUGAGUCACUGUCAAAAGUGGCUUUUAUAGACAGGAUAUACUUGAUGGUGUGUAUAGUGAGUAU